CAGCAUUCGCCCAGAAGACUAGCGCCGUGCUGCUGUUCGCACCCCAGUUCCGAGAUCUGCUUCUAUAUCGGUGUCUUAAAGUGCAUAUUCUUCUUCCUAAAUUCUUAAGCAGCUCGUUUAAAGAUGUUGGCGUGCACCGAAAUGAUCACGAUGUGUCUCCAGUCGGCGAAGCGCGAGCAUCUCCGCUCCAAACAGCAGCAGCAUCAGAUGCAGGAUGCGGUUCACGGACUGCCCAUCUUUCACGAUAUUUUCCGUCGAGCUGACAAAAACGAUGACGGGAAGCUGUCCUUCGAGGAGUUCAAAGCGUAUUUUGCAGACGGGAUACUGACAACUGAUGAGCUGCGGGAGCUGUUCUACUCCAUCGAUGGACGGCAGACAAAUAACCUCGAUACAGACAAACUAUCAGAAUUCUGUGCUGUUUUCCUCUGUAGGGUUGAAGUUAAAGUCCCGGAGCAUCUCAUCAUACAGAAGAACAACAGAAGAUGUGGCCGUCGAGUGCAGAAGAACAUGUGUCUGUCCCCGACUGAUCCAUACUCGGGCAUUCUCACUACCGGCGUUACCGUAGAUACAGAUGAGCACUGGUGCUCUCAGAUCAACAGACUGCAACAGCUCAUCGACAAACUGGAGUGUCAGAGUCCAAAGUUGGAGCCGCUGAAAGAAGAUACACUGGCCAGCACGUACAAGUCGAACAUUCUGCUGGUGCAGAGACAGAUGAGCGUGACAGAGAAUGAUCUCGAGGAGUUCCAGAAGGCUCUGAAGACCUACGCCGACACCACCGCCAAUCAGAACGACAACCUCCAUGUUUCCAUCCAGAAGCUUCCCGAGAAGAACUGCUACAUCAUCUAUGAGUUCUGGCAGGACCGUAUUUCCUGGAUGAGGUGUGUGUGGUCAAAAAAAAGCAAGCUGAGUCACACCAAGCGAUGCCAAAACACGUCCUCCUGUCCAUAA